CUUUCCUCGAAGAUGAAAUACCUUCCCACCGAUGGCAAAACCAUGUUCAAACCCACAUACACCCACUCACUCCUUCACCACCAUCAUACACAGUAUAUUAUUCUUUGUCAUGUCGAGCUAUCUAUCCCACUACGAAGCCCAGCUCAAGGCCCUCCUCUCCUUAUACGGACUCUCCCUCCCGAACAUCUAUUCAUACCUCCAACAUCAUCAUCAUCAUCACCACCACCACCCAACUCCCCGUCCAAUCCGACCAAUCCUCGCCCUCGAGCACGAAAUCGACAGCGAAGAGACCACCUGGAACACCGCGGCAGCCAAAGGCCGGGCGUUCGUGCACAUGUUCUCCCUGCCCACCACCGCCGAGCUCCAAGCCUACCUCGACACCAUCUCGCCGCAUCAACACAUCCCAGCCACCAGCCCCUGGACCGACCCCCGUGCCCUGGAGCACUGGAACUGGGCGCCAGAGUAUGCCCAGUGUAUGUACGACGAGGAGGCAUUUGCGCGGCUGUUCGCGCGGGACCUCCAUGCCCGGAUCGAGGAUAACGUGUUUGUGUGCAUGUCCAACACCGAACCCACCGUUGUGGGUGAGAGGAUGUAUCCUGCCACCGGAGCAUGGUACGGCAACCACUACAACACAGCCAGCGGCAUCAUCAUCGCCGACAACCUGAUGAGUCCGAUGGCGUUGAGCAGCGGAGCAACCGGUGAGCCCCAGGACGCCGCGGGGGUGGUCUUCAGUCCGCGCCCGCCCCCGCCGUGGCCUAUCCCGCUCAAGCAGUGGUCCGAUGUCACCUUUCUGAUGUGGACGCGACUCGCCGAGCAAGCGGGCGUGCGCGUCGAUUCCAUCCGCUAUAUCUUCCACGCCGGGGUCAGCAACCCGGUCUCCAAACGGGUGAUCCGGCGGGCGCUGGCGAGGGCGGGCACGCCGCUGGAGGGGUGGGAUGGCGUGGUGACGUUUCCCGUGGAGGACGGUAGCAGUAGCAGUGGUAGUAGUACUAGUGCAGAAGGGUUGGCGAUUCUGGGAACCCCGAAUGGUAGCGCCACCGGCUGGUUCCUCGCACAGCAUCAGGAGCAAUUGGGACGGCGGAAGGUGGUGAGUGUCUCGGUCUUUGGGGAGAUGGGCACCCGUGCUUCGGCUGAAUGUUUGAGUGUGUAUUUUACGUUGGAUGCGCCGCAGCGGUGA